GGUAGUAGCUGUAAAAUGCAAUGCUGAUCCGUUUGUCGCAGAAAGCAUGGUCUGUUCUCUGGUGGGUUGUGUCACUGAUCAGUAAAAUGGGGGGUUUUCCAUGAUUAAAAAAAGGUGUUGCUAUAAAUUGAGAUGUCGUCUACAAAACUUGGGAUAUUUUUCCCUUGCAGGUUGAGAGUUGGACGUGCACCUGCUGACAGAUAACCAUGCCCUGGGGGAGUUAGUCCAUUGGAAGAAACAAUCAGGAGGUACGCUGAUAAAUCCUCAGACAGUGUGGUCAUGCCAGAAAUUGGAAUGAAUUUUGACUCUCUCAGGGAAGUAUACGAUUUCUACAACCUUUAAUUAUUUGUGGGAGCUCGAAUUUGGUAUAAGAUAUGGCAAGAGCCAUCUAAAUGUCGAGCAGACAAAGUGUAUGUAGGAAAUUGUGUGUGGAUGCUUGGUCAGUACAUAUGACUCAACACUCCAAGAAUUUACAUUUUAUUUUAAUCCGCUUGAUCAUUGGCUAUGCGUCUGUCUUAACUGCAGCUGGUAAAUUCCUGUUUUACAGGGGAAGCCUGAGCAGCAAAACAGCCAGUACUGCCAGUGCGAAUGCCCUGCGAUGAUUAGGCUUCUGAGAGGAUCUGACAAUGGAUGGUUCAUUGCUGAGCACCAGGCUAGCCAUAACCAUUCAUUGUCACUGACUUGUGGUGAAAAGGUUCACUGUCCAUUGCACAACCACAUAGAUAUCUACACAAAAGAUCUAGUGAAGCAACUUAGGGGAAAUAACGUGAAUCUCAACAAGGUGUACAACAUAGUAGGAAGCUUCUUUGGUUCAUCUUUGAAUGUGCCUUUCACGAAGAGGUCACUCCAGAACCUUUCUGCACAACAUAGUAGGAAGCUUCCUCGGUUCAACUCAGAAUCUGCCUUUCACAAAGAGGUCACUACUGAUGCAUGUGUUUGUGCGACAGUACAUGAGGCUAUAAUUCGACCGUGAGUCGGAUGAGAGCUACCGGGAGAAGAGGAUACGGAUUAGCGGAGCAAUCAUGAGAGGAGAUAUUGCCAUUGAACAUGUGCAAAUAAGGUUUACACCAGGAAAAUGUUUGAACAAUUUGGUGAGAACCUUUUCAAAAGGGCUGGGCAUACCAGGUCGAGGAAAUUGUGAAGUACAUUGCAAGACACAACGAUGCCGAGAAACGCGAGAAGUGGAGCGUGGUUGAUUACAAGGUGACCAUGUUGGAUGACGGCGAGUGGUUCGAGUGUGAAUGCGGGCAAUUCACCCACAUGGGGAUGCUUUGUUGCCAUACUUUGAAGGUGAUGGACUAUGUUGGCAUGAAGGAGAUGCGGAAGCGGCACAUCCUCAAGAGAUGGACGAAAUAUGCUAGGGACAUCCUGCCCCAGCAUCUUGCUCACUUCAAAAGAAACCAGGUCGUGAACAAAUCUUUCACCUGCCGCAGCUCGACUCUCUACCUACACGCCAUGGAGCUGGUUAGGCUUGGGGAUGCAUCCGUCACGACAUAUGAACUCGUGUUGGUUCGCUUGAAGGAUAUGAUUGCGGAGGUAUCACCACUAGCUGAAACAAGAGAUGGGAUAGGGUUUGAGGAUAGACAAGCAGCAGAAGCGAAUCACAACAACAUUGCAUUGGCAGGCGCAAUUGUCAACUAA